UAUUCAGUGUUUUCAUUUUUUGAUCAAUGGGUACUGAGAACAAGCAAAUGGGUCCAUUUAACCGUUGGAUCACCCGGCCGAUCAGUUUACACAAACGCAAAUUCUAUGUUCUCGAUGGCUCACAACUUCGACCGGACCUCACGAGACUGGCCGAAGGUCUUUUUCGAGUUUUUUUUAAAAGCACUUGCUGAGGCCAGUUUUCUUAUCGGGCUAGAGAGAAACAGUGAUGUUGUUGAAAUGGCAAGUAAUGCUCCUUUGUUUGUAAACAAUAACGAUAGAAGGUAUGUUGCCCCUGUUGUAAACCCACUUUUAAAUGCCAGAACCAAAAUGGGCAUUAUAUUGUCUCCACAUUCUUUAACUUCAAUCGACUUACUGAGAAAAUCAAAUGUAAUGCAGCCUGCAGAGUUUUAUGAUGUCCAUGCAUCAAUAACCUCACAAGUCACAAAAAAGAAUAAUGAACGAGAUAGCACAACACAAGCCGGCUUUUUCGAAACAUUACUUCACCACCAGCCACCAGAUACCAUAGUUAAACAAUCUCGUUACGACGAAAAAGAUCCAACAAGGGUUAGCAUCUUCCGGCUGAGAUUCGUGACCACUGCAAUUGUAAAAGAAAUGAAUGACAAUGGCAUAUCUUUAACUUUGAAGGAUAACCAAUAUCUGACCACAGAAAGCAAUGGUCCUUGUUUGAACUUGUCGUGGAAUGAAAAUGCUAAUGGCUUCGGAUUGUCCCCAGGCCCUCGGAUAAAUCCACUAAAUCGGCAAACA